AUGCAAAGUUUUGACCUCAUCAGAAUAUUUUUUUAUUAAUGUAAGAUCCAUGUUUCCUUUUAGUUUGAAAGGUCAAAAUUUGGUGGCAAACAUGUCAUGGCUGCAAAACCAAAUCUGAAUGUCCCUCGGAGAUCUCUGCAGCUGCAGGCACAGGAAGUGCCAGAUUCAGCUGUAGCCACCACUUCAACUGCUCAUCACCAUGGUCACCAGUCACCACGACUUCAACAAACCAUUUCUUCGUCGCCUGAUUUCUUUCUGGCUCCACCACCUGCAACAAAAUCCAUCAAAAAAACUGCUUCUGCUCCUGCUUCUCUAGCACCAGAUAUUUCUGUCACAAAGAAUCUGGUAAUUUUAUUUUUUUUGUGGAAUAUAGCUAUUAAUUUUUACAUAAUUAAAAGCUCUGAAUUUUUGGUAUCUUAUUUAAGCUUUCCCGUGUGUGUGUCUUUUACCAUAACAGGCCCCCUUUCAGUCAGACGAUCCAGCUGAACUGCCUUUGCUGUGGCCAAAAACAAUGCCACAAGAGGACCAUAGGUGGGUGUCAUCAACGCUAUUCAGAGUUGGUGCCAGUGGCAGGCUGGAGCUCCGCGACAACCUUCAGCUGUGGUAUCAUCCUCCUCCGCCUGUGCUGGUUUACAAUCAGGCCCCAACACCCCACAGAUUCUUCUCCCACUCACUCCUGCUGUGGAUGCCAUACAGGCUGUGGAAAGUCCGGCUGCUGUGCACUAACCCUACAUGCACUCAGCAUCAGCUUUCUAGCGGAGGUCUACACAGGAGGGUACGGCAGGUUAUUGAUAUUGACAGAUAUUAUAACCUGGUUACGGAGACUCUCAUCUGCACCAAGUGCAGAACCAGCUACCUGUCUUGGGGCCAGCAGAUCUUGCAACAGCUAGAUCUUCCACAUCGCUCCGAAUUCAGAGUUAUCCUUACAAGGAGGUACGCCUGCGACAUCAGAGUGAUUCGUCUCCUUCGAGAGCGAGGCUUGGGAAAUAGUUCAGCAAGACUAAUUGCCCAGCUAAAGCAAAAUCAUAGUGAGGAGUGGCUGCAGCGAGUUUCCCGUUACACAUCUGAAUGUGCUGCAUUCAUGGCCUCUCAAAGCCUGCUGCCCCUACACUUUCAAGAACCACCAAACCCCCCAGUCAUGCCCAGCUACAAGUGGCUUCUUGUUGUGUACAGCCGGGACAUCCUUAACAGUUUCGAGGCAGCCGUUGUGGCACCUCCAGUUGCCCUUUAUGUUGAUUGUGGCUGUUGCAAAGAGGCUGGAGCAACAAAACUUCAAGCCAGGUUCAACCAGUGGCCUAACCUGAUCAUCCGUUUGGACAUCUGGCAUUUUAUGCGCCGCCUGGCAGUUGGGGAGACAUUUCGGAGCUCAAAAAGGCUAAGCGGGCAGAACUGGUACAACAAGGAUGGCCUGUACCAACAGAAAGAGAGGUGGACCGCCACAUUACAAAGGAGGAGCUUGCGCUGCACUAUAGGAGAGAAACACGUGGAGAGGAGACAACCAUACACCUCCUUGAACAGCUUUUCACGGAGCUCAUGA